AUGAAAAUGAAAUACCAAGACAAGUUUCUACCUCUAACGGCGUUAACGUUGACUGCAGCUAGAAAUGGUGGAAAAGCGCAUAUUUUAUUCAAAACUGGGUCAAGACAAGUUUCUACCUCAAACUGCAAUUAUAACCAUCAAAUAAGGACAAACCCGCAAGACACCAUUUCGCUUUUUGCAAACGGCAUCAGUGAAGGCGAACAAGCUGAACACUACUUAAGACUAGCGACCUUCAUUUGCAGUUUUUCGCGCCCCGAUCCCGAGAAGUUUCAAGCAGAAAAUGAAAUUUUACUCUAUCUCGAAGACCGACUUACUCAAACUAAUGUCUAA